AUGUUCCAACGGCCCAUCCACUGGUUCCAUAUCUAUUACCACCAGUGGUUUGUGGUUGUUGAAUCAAAAUCGCAUUUGCAUCCGAUGACCGAAAGGAAUAGGCCAAGGUUUAGAGGGGAGCGCAAGAGUCGUGUUGACGUCAGGAAAUCAAGCGGGGACAUCAACCAGGAUAGCUUCGUUCGAUACACCUACUGCAAGCUCAGCACGGGCCGCAAACCAGCCUGCGACGGGACACCGCCGGCUCACUGUGCAGGGUCAAGGGCUCGGCUUGACCGAGAGGAGCGACAGGAGCAGGCUGGGGGAGACCGGAAUAGGCCAAGGUUUAGAGGGGAGCGCAAGAGUCGUGUUGACGUCAGGAAAUCAAGCGGGGACAUCAACCAGGAUAGCUUCGUUCGAUACACCUACUGCAAGCUCAGCACGGGCCGCAAACCAGCCUGCGACGGGACACCGCCGGCUCACUGUGCAGGGUCAAGGGCUCGGCUUGACCGAGAGGAGCGACAGGAGCAGGCUGGGGGAGACCGGGUGCGAGUCGUCCGUGUGGACAUCGGACACAACGAUUGCAAUCGCAUUUGGAAUACAGCAUACUUGGUCUCUUACGCUUAUUUUCACUACCAAUCAAAUCGUAGGAUCUCUCACGGAAAGCAUUUCAUAUGA